AUCUUUUUGUUUUUUUUGUUUUGUUUUUUUUUUACAGAUUUUCAAUGCGUUUAGAUUCUCCUUUUCCCCUUAGUGUAAGCCUAUAUAAGAUGCAAAGAAACUUCAAAUUUAAACAAGUUAGUGAUCUCAAUUGAAUUGAUUGACAGUCUUUAGCAUCAUAAAUGGAUAAGGUGAAAGAUUUGGCCUCCCAGAAAGCUGCAGUUAUUUUCACGAAAAGCUCGUGUUGUAUGUGCCAUAGUAUCAAGACACUAUUUUAUGAUCUUGGUGCAAGUCCUGCGAUUCAUGAAGUUGAUCACGAUGCAGAUAUGGAAUGGGCCCUACGGCGGCUUGGUUGUAAUCCAACCAUCCCUGCAGUGUUUGUAGGUGGUAAAUAUAUAGGUUCAGCAAGAGAUGUUAUUUCUCUUCAUGUUGACGGGUCCCUGAAACAAAAGCUCAUUGAAGCACGAGCUAUAUGGUUCUAGAACUCAAUAUGUGUACUCAUCGAGUGUUUUUACUAGGUUUAAUGGUGUGUUAGAAUGUUGAAGACGAAGUCUAGGAGCCGUUCUUUUUUGUCGGCUUUGUUGACUGUAUUGUAUUGGAGUCAAACUCCAAACGAGCUUAUUUUCGUUUUUGGUUUUCUAUAUAUAAAAUCUCAGUUGUCGUA